GAACAUUUGGUAAUCUCUCACAUAAACAAUCAGAGUGAGCAUACUACCAGGCACAAGAUUCAGCUUAAAGGCAAAAGUGAAAAGAAGAGAUUGAUUCCUGAAAGGAGAAUGAUAAAGAAGGUGCUGAUCGGGCUUCUAUGUGGUGCGGUCGUUCUGGCUGUGGGGAUCCUCAUUGGAAACUAUGGUAUCGCAAAGAGCAGUAGCUCUGCGCCAUCCUGGGUGAAGGAUGUGGCAAAAGAUGUGGACGAGAGUCUCAUCAAGAAGUUCCUGUCUGAGGUGGACAACAUCAAGAUUGGGGAGAACCUCAAGGAGCUGACAAAAGUGCCCCACAUGGCCACCACAGCUGGAGAUGAACAGACCGUGCAGUAUAUGCUAAAGAGAUGGCAGGACACCGAAACUGGUCUAGAUGAGGCCUGGAGAGAAGAGUACAUGGUCUACCUGUCUUUCCCUAACCCCGAUGAACCCAACAAGGUCACUGUCGUUGACUCAUCUGAUGCUGUGCGACACACUAUCAGAGAAAAAGAGAAGGGUUACACUCCGGACCAAAGUGAUCCUGAGGUGGUUCAGCCGUAUGCUGCAUACUCACCUGCUGGACAUGCACAGGGGAAACUGGUGUAUGCUAACCAGGGGAAAGUAAGUGACUACCAGGAGCUGAAUAAGACACUGAACCUGAAUGGAACCAUUGCCAUUACCAGAUACGGUGGAGCAGGAAGAGCUGCUAAAGCCAUCAACGCGGCACCCUUUGGUGUCAUUGGUGUGCUCGUCUACACAGACCCUUUAGACAUCAAUGAUGGUCUCAUGUCUGACAUCAAUGAGACAUAUCCACACUCCUGGUAUCUGCCGCCCUCUGGUGUGGAGAGAGGCGCCUAUGGUACUCACUAUGGAGACUUGCUCACACCCUACCUGGCUGCUAAAGAGGAGACCUACAGAAUUCCAACUGAAGACAUUACAGGGAUUCCUCCCAUUCCUACACAACCAAUUGGAUUUGAGGAUGCCUACAUUCUGAUCUGUGUGCUUGGUGGGGAAGCAGCGCCAUCUACAUGGCAGGGAGGAUUCAACUGUACCUACAACCUUGGAGGCCCAGGGUUCAAAGAUGAAUCCACUUUUAAUGCAAGUGAUGUGAAACUGGACAUUUACAACUAUGCAGAGGUGAAGAACUCCUCCAAUGUGAUGGGCAUCAUCAGAGGGAGUGUCGAGCCAGACAGGUACGUGAUCUACGGGAACCACAGGGACAGCUGGGUUCAUGGUGCCAUCGACCCCAGCAGUGGGACGUCGGUAAUGCUGGAAUUGACAAGAGUGCUGGGCCAGAUGGUAAAACAAGGAAAAUGGAGGCCUCGCAGAUCUAUCAUCUUUGGAAGCUGGGGAGCGGAGGAGUUUGGCCUUAUUGGGUCUGCAGAAUAUACAGAGCAAUACUUCACAAAGCUCAGUGAACGCACGAUUGCUUACAUAAACGUGGACAUAGCUGUCUUUGCCAAUGCCACCCUCAGAGCCUCAGGGAUGCCGUCACUACAAAGUGUCAUCUUCAAAGCUGCUAAACAGGUUGACGCACCUGGCACCUCCAUGUCUGUGUACGAUAACUGGAAAAAAUAUUCCAACCGGACAAGCCCAGAACAUGGAGUCAUUCCCAGGAUGGGUUAUCUGUCAGGAGCGGGGAGUGACUAUGCCCCUUUUGUCCAUUACCUGGGAAUCUCCUCCAUCGACAUGUCUUAUACUUAUGACAGGACUAAAACAAAUGCUCGGAUUUACCCCGCUUACCACACAGCAUAUGACACCUUUGACUAUGCUUCAGAGUUCAUUGAUCCAGGGUUCUUCAGUCAUCAGGCGGUUGCCAGGACAGCAGGAAGCAUCCUUAUUCGUUUGGCUGACAGCCUGGUAUUGCCUUUUAACUGCACGGACUACUAUGAGGUUCUCAAGGCCUACCUUGAGAAGGCAGUGGACCUAUAUAAGACUAAACUGCAAGAAAAAAAAAUUUCCAUGGAACCGCUGGAAAGUGCGGUAGCCAGCUUUAAGGAAGCAGCGUCUCAUUUGGAUAAGGUGAUUUUCGACUCAGACUUGGCAAAUGAAACACCACUGAAAGUGAGAAGGAUCAAUGAUCAGCUCAUGCUGCUGGACCGGGCUUUCUUGAAUCCUCUUGCUUUUCCAGAUAAAUAUGCAUUCAGGCAUGUAAUCUGGGCUUCAAGCAGUGCUGGACAGCCAACUUUCCCUGGUUUGGCUGAUGCCUUCACCAAAGCUGAGUCAUCAGGACAAUCCAGUGACUGGGGCAAAGUGCACUACCACCUGUCAGUUCUGAGCCAGGCUAUUGAGGGCGCCGCAAACACACUGGUGGAUGUAAUAUAGAGAAAUAGAGGGAGGAAGAAACUCUUUUAUCUCAGGGAUUUUUUUUUUUUAAACACAGGGAAUUGAAGCCAAUUAGAGAUAAGGCUGUGUGCAAUGGUGGGACUUUUUAUUGGAUGAUUUAAAGUGAUCACUGGUUAAGCAUCUCCAGGAACAUAUGAAUGUCUUCUG